AUGAUAAAACAAUAGGAAGAUGAAAAUUUCGAAUAAGACUAAGACAACUAAAACCAAUAAGAAACCUACCAUUUUUUUCAAAAACUAAUAAAAGAUAUAAAAAGUAGUAUAUUUAAUCUAACUUUUAAUUUAUUAAAUGGUGAUCGACUAAACAUUUAUUGGCGUAUUUUAUUUAUUCAAAUUGAAACAUUUUAGCUUUUGAAUUUUUAAUUUAACGAUAUAUUCAAAGACUCAUGGAAAAACAAUUAAUAUUAAUUAAUUUAACGUUUUUUAGGAUUUACAAUGAUUUAUUAGAAUUUUUUAAACACAAAAAAUAUAACAUAUUAAUAAUAUUAAAUAAUAUUUUACUUAGUAAUAAGUAUAUUUUUAUUCAGUAUGUUAUUAUUGAUAUAUAUAUGUGUAACAACAAAAGGUUCUAUAAAUUUUCUUUACUACCCAAUAUAUUAUUUAAGAAUUUUUACUGAAUUUAUAACCACAAUUUUAUAUUUACCAUUCCUUUAGUUAUUUCUUAGUCCAUUUAACUGUAAAACAGACCAAAAUAAUAAAUAAAUACAUUAUAUUUUCGAAUCUUCCGAAUGCUACGGUAGUCAAAAAACAGCUGAUUUAUUUCUAGGCAUAUUAUGUGCUUUAAUAUUAUCAUUAUAUACCGGAAUAAUGAUCUUAAUUUUUUACGGCAGUCGAAUAAAUACUUCCGAUUGUAAUUCCAAAAAUACCGGCCGCAAUGAUUUUUUAUUAUUUACAUAUAAACUAAUAUUAUAAAUAGCUUUUAUUUUUCUAGUAGAGAAAGGUUAUGACCUCAUUUUUAUAUUAAUGAUGUUUAUUGGAGGGUUUUUCCUUUUCGAAAUAAAUGUUUUUAGUUUAAACCAUAAAAACAUUAUAAUUUCUAAGCUUUUUACAAUUCUACACUCUAUUAAUUUAUGGACUAGUAUAAUGCUUCUACUUGGAAAAAUAACCGAAAAAAAUCAUUUUGAUGACUGUGGUUUAAUUUGGAUUAUAUGUAUCCCUUUUAUUUAUUUUUUAGUUUUAAAUAAAACAGAUUCUAGAUAUGAUAUUUUAUUAAUAAAUUCUAAUUCUUAUGAAAUACUAUAAGAACCUUUAUAAUAAAUCUAAUAUAUAACAAAUCUAGUUUGCUAAUAUAACCAAAGUAAACAUGCCUAAAUAAUGCUAGAUGGUUUUUUGAAUCACCAUAGAAUCUAUUGUAAUAAGCCAGAAUGUCCUUCGAAACGAAAAUUUUCAAAAACAACGAAAUUCUCUUUAGCUUUGCGAAAAGAAAAAGUUUCGGAAAAUCUCAUAAUAUUAUAUUAAGUAAUAUAGACUAUGUACUAUUUAGCUCUAUAGAAAUUUCCCAAUAAUACAAAACUAAGAAUAAUGUACUCAAUUUAUUUAGUUGAUAUUAUGAGAAGUCCAUAAUAAGCUUUACAGGAAUUGAUAAAUGCAUAGAACGAAAAUCCUGUUUUUGAUUAAGAAUUUAUAGUUUUUCGAUAUAAAAAAAUUAUUGAGAACGAAAUAUUUGAGAAAAAUAAUAAUAAUAAUAAUACAGGAACUAAAUAAAUUGAUUAAACAAAUGCAACUGAUAUGUUGAAUGAAAUAACAAUUUAAAAUCACGAAAAAUACUGUAAAAAUUUUAUUGAAAAAAGCACUUCACUACAUUUAGAAUUCUGGUCUUAAUUAAGUGAAGAUGUACCUGACCUAGAAAAAUUAAGUGACUUAGGUUUUUAAAUAUCUACAUGCAACAAUAAUGUGGAAAUAAAUUGGAAUAAAUUAAUGAAAAUAAAUGCAUAUAUACCUUCUUUAAUGAGAAUCUAUUCUAAAUUCCUUUCUGAAGUUCUAAAUGAUAAUGAGGGUUCCUUAAAUAUCAUAAAUAAAUUAAUUGAUGCAAAUUCAAAAAGCUAAUAAAAUAAAUUAAGUAGUAAUUAAGAUUUGUCAUCAGAUUCUAGACCAUCUAUUAUUAUUAGUGCUGAAGAUGACUCUUUAUGUCAUAUAACAAAUGUUAAUUUAGCUAUUGUAGCCCUUUCUGGUUAUAAUAAAUUAGAUAUGAUAAGCAAAAAUGUAAAUAUGUUAAUGCCUGAAUUAUACGGAAAAAAUCAUAAUUAAUUCGUUCAAAACUACUUAUCUACAUUAGAAAAUCGAAUUUUGAAUACUGAAGUGCUUGUACCUUUAAAAACAAAACAAGGUUAUAUAGUCCCUAUAAAUGCCUUAGUAAAACAUUAGCCUUCUAUAAUUCAUGGACUUUAAUUUAUAGGUAAUUUUCGAUUAUUUAAAAAUUUAAAAGAAUAAUGUAGCAUAUUAAUAAACAAAGAAGGAACAAUUCAAGAAUUAAGCAGUUAAUGUAUAAAUAUUUUAGGAUUAGAUUAAAAAAAAAUAACAUAGAAUGAUUAUCUUAUUACAGACUUAAUAAGUGUAUAUUGGGAAAAUAAAAAAUAGAUAAUGGAUAAAAAUGGAUUUAUUACAAAUGUGAAAGAUUUCUAAAAAAUAAAUGGAUAGUUUUUAGCUAAAAUUAGUUAAAUAGAAAUAGAAUUCAAAAAUAUAGGAUUGUCUGGAUAUUUAAUUAGAAUAGAAAAAAUAAAUGAUUAAACAAAUAAUGAUUCAUAAAUAUAAAAUUAAUAAAAUACAAAAAAAUAAUAAAAUAGUUCAUAUUAUAUAAAAUAUUAAAAAUAAUAAUAGUAAUAAUAAUAAUAAUAAUAAUAAUAAUAAUAAUAAUAAUAAUAUUAUUUGAAUUUAAUUUUUUGUUUAGAUAGUAAUUCAUAUAAAGGAUAAUUUGUUUUUGGAAAUCCAUAAUUAUUAGUAUCUAAUGAUUCGAAUCUAUUGGGUAAAAGUAAAGAAAUAUCUAAUUUCUCUAUAAACUAAAAUUGUAUUUUGCUUUCUAAUUAUAAUAUUAACUCCACAAACGCCAAUAUAUCCAAAAAAGAAGAACUUUUCGAUGAAAUAAUACAAGUUUCUAAAAAAUCAACUUAAUAUAGUUAACCAAUAAACUACAGCCAAAACAUUAAAACCUUAAGAUUAUUAGGUUAAAAACUACAUGACGUUGAGGACUUUUAUAAAGAAGAAGAAGAAAUCGAGCAAGACCUAAACGAAAUAAAUGAAUAAAACUAAGAAAAUGAUCUCAAAAAAGAAUAAAACUAAGAAACUCAUAAAAAAAGUAAUAUAAACUAACAACAGUAAACUUAAAAACAAGAAAACGAUAUUUCUAACAUAUUCAAAAAGCGUAAAGCUUUUUCCAAAUUCAUUCAAGAAAGUGGUUUUUUAGAAUCAUAUGUCUUAAACUACUAUAAAAUCUGUGUUUUUAUAUUUAUAAUAUUAAUAUUAUCAUACUCCACUUUAAAUCAUUUUAUUACAGACUAACAAUUAUCCUAAGUAGAUAAUUUAGUCCAUAUAAUCGAAUAUUAAUCAAAUUUAAAUGCAAAUAUGUAACAUGUAGCCGAUAAAAUAAUGCAAAUAUAUAUAUUAGAAUAAAAAGCAAUAAAUUUAGGUAAAACAUUCGAGAUUUUAAAAGAAGAAUUAAACUAGACUUUUGAUGAAUUAAAAUAAGUAAAUGACUAUAUAAUUUUAAAAAGUCCUUAAAAUUAUUUACAUGAAAAUAUCACAAUGGUGUUUUUUGAGCCUCCAAAUACAUAUGCAAAUAGACUUUUUGAACUCUAGUAGGCUAAUUAAUUAAUUUUAAGUAAAAUCAAUUAAGUCAAAGAAUAAAAUAGUAAAUAAUAUUAAUAUAAUAAUUCAGAUUUUUUUUUCUUACUUAAAAAUAUUCUUAAUGAAUUUUCAAUAAAAUAAUUCACGCUUUUUGAUUUUUUCCUAAAAGAACUCCAAAAAUGGACUUCUGAGAAAAACGAUGUAUUCAUUAAAUUACUAAUAACAUCCAUUUCUUUUGUCUUAUGCUCCAUAUUGUCUAUUUUGCCUUUUUAUAUCCUCAUAAACCACUCUUAGAGACAAAUUUUAUCCCUUUUUCUUGAAAUUCCUAUAUAAAAAGUCCGUAAACAAUACUAUAAAUGCGAAAUCUUUCUAAUUUCUAUCCAAAACACUGAAGAUGAUGAUGAUGUUUCGGAAGAUAAUAUAAAAAAUGAAGAAGAAGAUGAAGAUUAAUCAUUAAUAGCCAAACCAAAAAAAAAAAACGAAAAAAUCUCCAAAUAAACAUUUAAAAUAAAACUAAAUUUUUCUUCCCAUUUUUCCUUACGUUGUUCAUAUUCCAGUCUUAUUUCGCAUUCUCGUUUUAUAUUUCCACAUAAAAUCUAAAAUAUUUGA